GUGUUACUUUUUCAUUAUCUAUUUUUAUGUAUAUAUUUUAAUUUGAUAGACACAAGACUAGUAAAUCAAAAAUAUACCAACCCUAAUCUCUUCCGCAGGAAAUUGUGGGGAAGUGGGAAUUGAAGACCUGGAGAAGAAAUGAGAAAAGCAUGAACCCUUCCAAGUUUUGGCUCUUUCUGCAAUAGGAAGCAAGGAUGUUUGUCAAAGCUCGAGCUGUAUUAUUCAAAUUUGAGGGUAAUGGCUUUCUUUUCCCAUACUCAACUGCUGCCUCCACCCAUUUCUUACUCAAUUACCUCAUCAGCUCACUCGGAUUCUCCAAACAAGAAGCUGCCUCUGCCUCUGCUAAGGUUGGUUAUCGUGUAAACUCAUUCAAGAAUCCUGAUUUAGCCCUCAAUUUCUUCAAACAAACUGGUUUUAACGACACCCACAUCAAAUUAUUGGUUUCCAAGUACCCUAAAGUGCUAUUCUAUGAUGUUGAAAAAACCCUUAAACCCAAAUUACAAUGUCUUUCUGAACUCGGAUUAUCGGGUUCCGAUUUAGUCAAAGUCAUUUUGAGAGAUUGGAAGUUUCUUACCAGGGGAUUAGAUACUCAUAUAAAACCCCUUAUAAGUCUUCUUAAAAAUGUAUUGGGUAAUGAUGAAAAUGUGGUUAAGGUUAUAAAGAAAUGUGCUUGGUUGAUUAGUCUGUAUAGUUGUGGAGCUAUGGAAGUCAAUUUGAAUUUAUUGCGGUUACUUGGUUGCUCAAAUGAUAAAAUCAAGAAUAUUGUGAUUACAUAUCCCAGAAUUCUUAACACAAAUAACAAGAGGCUUGAGGAUAUAUUGCAUAGAGUGGAAAAAGAAGUUGGUGUUUCUCCUGACUCAGCAAUGUUUCUCCACAUCGUUAAUGUGCUUGUUAGCUUGAGUCAAGAUAAAGUAGACACAAAAUUUGGAAUCUUCAAGAGUUUUGGGUGGUCUGACACUGAUGUUCUCACAAUGUUCCAAAAGCUACCUUACUGUGUAGGCCUAUCAGAUGCACGAAUUCAAACUGCAUUGACAUUUUUGAUGAAAGAAGUCAGAUACACAUCUGUUUACAUCGCUUCUCACCCUUACCUUUUAGCAUACAGUUUGGAGAAGAGGUUAAUACCCAGAUAUGAAGUGUGGAAACUCGUCAAUGAAAAGAAUCUGAUAAAGAGUAGGCGGGAGUUUUACACUGUGAUGACAUGGCAUGAAUCAAAGUUUUUGGAGAAAUAUGUGCUGCCUGUCAAAGCUGAACUGCCUGACUUGUAUGAUUUGUACGUCAAAAGGAUUGGAAAAUAGAAGCUUUUCAAUCUUCUUAGUUCUUCUGGCGGACAUGCAAGAGCUUACAAUCUCUAUUGAUUAUCCACUAUUUUUAGCUUCAGCAAUGCAAAAUGGAUUUCCUUAAUCAGAUUACCUUUCCUCUUUAAGGCUUGAUCCAUCAUAUUGACAUUGUUAUCAGUUCAAUUUUUGCCAUCUUCAACUUUCUGGUGCAGCGACAAGUAGAAAUCGAAACAAGAAGAUCGUCUUUUAAAGUUUAGGUGCUUUCAGAAAAUACAAAUGAAGCAAGUACUUCUCUUUUUCAUUUGGUAUAUGCCUUUGAAGAAUUGCCAAUGAUUUCUCAAAGAGAGUACAAAGUCUGGUGCAAGUUAUCCAAUAGUUUGCGGUGCAUGUCUGAACUUACCGAGGCUCAUGAGCAAUUAAUUUGUUUCUGCUUCAAUUGCUCACAAAAAUUUGCACCAGAACUGUUAGCUACUUGGUGGAGUUUUACUCACCUCUUGAGUUGGUUUUACUCACCUGUGGAAGCUUCAUUAGAGCCUUAAAUGUCUUAGCCAGGCCAAUGUUAAAAGAUUUCUGUUUCUGCUGAGGACUUCUUUCUUGAUGUUAGUUGAUGGAUUUUGGUAUGUGCUGAAUGAAUGCCAUUUUCCCAAUUCUUAUAACUAUUUCUUUUUAGGAAGUUGACGUUUGCGUACUUGUUUUGCUUAAUAUAUCGAUCGAUCGAGAGCAGAGAAGCUGCUUGUUAUAUGCUAAGCUUCAAGGUGCUGCCUUACACCUUUCUCCUCCUGAGCUUGCUCACAUUGUCAGUCUUGAGCUCGGAUAAAGGAGGAGGGUUGCGGUUGGUUGCAACUUGCAGCCAUCAUAAAACUUGUUGACUUUUAAUAAGUUCUCACAAUGUAAAUUCCAAGGUUUUUUUGAAUUGAGGUGUGUCAUUAUUGUUAUUUGUUGGUUGUGAACCAGAUGUAGUAGGCGUUGGCCAUGAAAAUAAAAAACUUUUUCCUUUA